CUGUGCUCCAACAAGCUUUUUUUAGACCCUGUCCACAUCGAAAGUGUCAAAGUCGCUUAAAUUUUAAGCGAUUCGAUUGAAUAAAUCAUUUAACUUGAUUAAGCUCGUCGUGCCUAACAUUUUAAAUGAUAAAAUUAAACAAUUUAGUCCGUGAAAAUCAGGAGUAACGCCAGUAAAACGCGGACGAAUCUAACCUGACAAUUUGCCUUAGAACGAACGAUAUGCUGUAAGACUUCUCUUGUAGUUUUGUAGAGUUUCAAUUUUCGACAGAAAAAUGCCUAAAAAAUCAUCAAACAAAUCAAACUGGGGUGGCAGAGGCGGUGGUCGACCAGUGAACCCGGAAGAAAAGCAUUAUUUCGGUCACGAUGACAGAGUCAGUGGUCGUAAUGAUGGCGGCACCGUCUUUGUUGGCAACAGGCCGCGAGUAUCUUUCAAGGCACAAACUAAGCCGGGAAAAGAGAAACAUCGCCACUUGGAUCUUGCUCUCAAACAUCACUUAGACGACGAUAUACAGAUGAAUGCCGGAAGCAACAAUAACGGCAGGCAAGUUGUCCUUAGAGGAAGAGGUAGAGGCAAUUACAAUUCUGCCUCUAGAAUGCGUGGCAGAAAUAGUCCACUGCCACAAAGAAUGUCAAAUAAAUUUUCGAGACCCGUUCCAUUGCCUCUGGCUGAUAACUCUUGGUAUAAAGUGACUAUACCAUACGGAUUUAAAUAUCCGAAAGAAUUCGUGCUGAGGAAUCUUAUGUCACACAUUGCACCCGACUCCUUUGUGCCAAUCAUGUAUAAAGUAACAGCGAAGGAGGCAUCGUUCUUUGUGGACAAUGCGGCUACAGCUUCGAAAUUACAAAAGUCCGAUAACCAGAUCACUACUAAUGAUGGAUUCAGACUGCAAGUUCGUGUCAGGCCAGGAGCCCCUCCAACUUGUGACAUGAAUGACGCGAUGAAAGAACGAUUGAAACAAGCCAUGACUAAAAGAUAUUUGGUUGAAAGUAACGCAUUAGAUCUUUCAAGAUUUCAUCUAGACCCAGAACUUGCCGACGAUUACUUUUGCCCUUUGUUCAAACCUAUGAUGUUAAUGCCAGUGUUAGAUAUCGUCGCAACUCACAUUCCGAACUUGGAAGCCUUGAAUUUAGAUGGAAACAAAUUGCAAGCUAUUGACCGACUAAGCGUUCUAAAAUCCAAGUUUGAGAAUCUCAAAAUUCUUCACAUUGGAGAUAACAGGAUCAGAGAGAUCAAUCAAAUAGAUCCAAUCAAGGAUUUAAAACUAGAGGAAUUACGCCUAGAGGGAAAUCCCCUGUGCAAUAAGUAUAAAUCUCGGCAAACUGAAUAUGUAAGUGCCGUGCGGAAACGAUUCCCAAAACUUCUACGACUGGAUGGCGUAGUUUUGCCUCGGCCAAUUAUGUUCGAUGUGGCGGACGAAGGAGUCAAGUUGCCACCAUCACAAAGGAUAUUCGUCGCCAAUCCUAAGGCGCAAGAAAUUGCUAGUCAGUUUCUUCAGCAAUAUUUCAUGAUCUUCGACAGUGAGAGUCGGCAACCUUUACUAGAUGCUUAUCACGAACACUCGUGCUUCAGUAUGACAAUAGCCUCCGUACUGAGUGCCAAUAAACCAAGCGGUUACCUUAGUGAGAACCGAAACUUGUAUCGCUUGAACGAUACCAAUAAACGACGAAAACUUUUAAAACUCGGAAGGUUGCCAGUUGUUUCGUUCAUAUCCGAAAUACCUCCGACCAAACACGAUUUGAACUCAUUCACGAUGGAUCUCAGUCUCGCAACGGAGAGCAUGAUGAUCAUCACAGUGACCGGUUUAUUUAAAGAACUUGAUGCGAAGGAAACACUUCGGUAUUUCAAUAGAACGUUUGUAAUUGUUCCUCAAGGCAGCGGCUUCUGCAUUCGUAACGAACAGUUGCACAUAGGAAAUCCUACCGAUCUUCAAGAAAAACGAGCCUUUAGUCCCAUAGCUAAUGAAGUUUCUGUCUCAGCGUCUCCCGCUGGACCAUCGAAUGUACAACCCCCGUACAUAGAACCAUCUGAAGAAAUUAAGCACAACAUGUUGGUGGCCUUAAGUCAACAAACAAAUAUGAAUGCAGAAUGGAGUAGGAAGUGUCUCGAAGAGGUGCACUGGAACUUUAAUAAUGCACUUGCUGCCUUCCAAGAAUUCUUCAAACAUGGGCAAGUACCACCCGAAGCAUUUCAGAAAUAACUUUCGUAGGCUUAUUUACAAUUUCGGGACAAUUGAGUGAGACUCUUGAGUUUUCCAGUUUAUCUCAGGUACAUUUGAAGUGACUUUAUUUUGGUUUUACAAUCUCGCUACCAUGUCGAGAUGGUACAAAAAAACUAUUCUGCUCUUCGAUUUCAAGUGCAGCUUUUAUUUUGAAUGCGACAUAAAUUAUCAUUUCUUUACGAGUUUCCAGGGUAAUGGAAAACAUAAGCGUGUGCGAAAAUCCUUUGAGUCAUUGUAUAUAAAAAGAAUGUGUAUUUAAAACUAGACACGAACACUUUUAAUAUCUAGAAAUAAGGUACGGUACGGUUUUUUCUUUAAAAAAAAGUUUAAGAAGUGGAUGAAAAGACAACACUGAAGAGAGGAGAGAAGAAAGAAAAUACCUUCAAAUCAAUAGUUUAUAUGUAACAUCAGUUUAUCGUGUAUUAAGUUAUGAGGCUAAAUUAAAAACAUUACAUUAUCUUAGUGUAUAAAACAUAGCAUUUUUGAUAAAGACUGUUUGGGAAAGAGAAAUAAUUAUCUUUAUAAAUAUCAAAUUUACACGGGAUUGUUGUUAAUGUCAAAUGCCGAACUUGUGUCUGGAUAAGUAUUAUUAUACUCUUCAGUUUUAUUAGUUGCAGGGUUCGUGUAGAAGCGUAAAAGCGAUUUGAAUAAUUUCAGAUUUGAAAUAAGUAACUUGCUUUGUUCUCUUCCGAGCUUGAUCAAAAUUAAAUUAUUUCAGAUUUGAAUGUAUUCAGUUUGGGUGAAAAAGAAAAACGCUUUUAAUUGGUGACAUUUUCAAAUUCGGAUUCCGUUUAAACAAAGAGUUCUUAGAGUCUCCGAAUGUGAACUUUCGAAAAUUUCAGAAUAGGUUUAGAAUGUGUCUAAAGCAGAACACUCCUGAAAAGUUUACGUUUCGAAAUUGAAAGUGUUUCUGCCCUGAAAGCUUUUAAAUUGAACACGUUCGUAAUGCGAAAGGGUUUCAAAAGAGAAUUAUAAAUCAUGAAAAUUGUUCGAUUGAAAACAAUGCGCAAUACAGAGAUUAUAAUACAGAAAUUAAGUUCUUAAUUUAAAUGUAAAUGUUACUCUAUCUAAAUUUCUUUCGAUACAAGAAUGGUGCCUGAUUAUAAUUCUUUGCUAGCAAAUUUUGGCUAACUUAUUAACAACGCGGGCAAUGAAGCACUGAAUUUGAGUCAUUCAGAAUUAUACCCUUUCAAAGAAAUGUUUUAUUUACUUAGCAUCACAAAACUGUUAUAAACUUCUCAUUGAACUGAAUACGACUUGAAAACUUCUUGAACUGAAAUAACUUAUAAAAAAACUUUCAUAAUUUCAUAAAAAAAAAUAAAGAAAAUAUUUAAUAUGAAGUCAACUUCAGAAAAAAUGUAUAUAAGUAAAAAAAAAAGCAUUUCAUUCAAGAAUUUGGCAAGAAAUUACGUUCUAAAAGCUUCGAAGAUCUCAUGGACAGGAAAACCCUACUUCUAAAGAUAAUUUAGUUAUUUUUUUCGUGUAAAACUAUUGACAAAAAUGAACAUUAUUUUUUAGACCGAGGAUUUUCCUUUCUUCAAAAAUUGUAAACGAACUUUUUCAAAGUUAUAGCAUGCCAAUUAUUCUGUACCUGUGUAGGGUGUCAAUAUCCGGCGCAACGACUGAACAUAAAAUAUUCAAAACUUCAUUAAUUUCAUCAAGCUUAAUUCUUCUUAAUUCUUAAUUCUUAAAAAAAAAAAGAAAGAAAAACGAUUUUCAUUGAUGUGUGACAAAAGUAUGCUUUGGGCAUUAGCUAAAUGUCUACUACUUAGGAUUGAAAAAAUGGGGUAGAAAAGACAAAUAUGUGAGACCGAGAGGGAUUGGGAAAUCUAAUCGAACAUGUUCGAUUAAAAUUUUAGCCACGGCGAGGAGUUCGUAGCUAAUUUUGUGUUCUUAAAGUUCCAUUUGCAAGAAUGUGACUCGCAAGAGUGCACAAUCCGACGAAGAUUCAUCCCGUCUAAUUUAGACGAAGCUUGGUCGAUCCCUGCCGGAACGACUGAGAAUUCCAGCUGUGCGUUUCUUAAAUGAUACGCAAAUUAAGUAAGAUUGUCUAAUUGAAGGCGAUCCGUCAAAGGAACUGAAAACAAAAGCCAUGCAACGAACUUUCUUUGGCCGCUGUUUGCCAUGGAAGAUUCUUUCAGGGGGUAGAAAAAACAUCAACGUUCUUUAAAAGUAGUUAGUUUUCAAAAUAGUAAUUUAGCAAUAAUUGAGUAUUGAUAAUAUGUGGAUAUUAGUGUCGCACGAGUACAUAUAUUGUGUACAUCACAAUCGGAGUGAAAUUUCACGUUAAAUGUUUGGAAUAAUUUAUGUUCAUGCGGGGCGCCAUCUUAUCUUCAUAGUUAUAUAAUUGCAACUAUGUGUAAUAGUUACAAACCUGUAUGAAUAAUUUUUCAGACGUAAAAUUGAUGACAUGUCAUUUAUAAGUCUGACUUAAUUUUAGAAUCAUAAAAAAUUGAACCAACGCUUCUUCAGAAAAACUAUUGUAAUGCAUUAUGAAUGUCUAUCAUUGUUGAUUUCGAUAAAGUGUAAAUAUAAGUCCUUUAUGUACAUAACGUAUGAUGUAAAAAAUAACUAUUUUCAACGAUACAGGCUGUAUAUAGUGCAACAAAUAAACAUUGAUUUCAACUUUA